UUUUUAGCAGUAUUCACACCUGGCCUUGAAGCCCUUGUGAUGGUGAUGCUGGUGUAUUUCUUGCUGCUGGCAUUGGUGGUGCCCGGAGUCGCGACACCUUUGGUCACGAUCAUUGUAUCCCGCCAUGGCAUUCGUACACCAUAUCCACCAGGAGGUGAAGGGAAUUUGACCAAAGAGUCCAUGGCCCAGUACACCACGAAGAGCUUUCCACCUUGUUGGCCUCCAGGUCCUGAGAGCUCUGGUGUUUGGGGCAGCAGCAUUACUGCAGGGCUCACACCUCAUGGUGGCGAGCAGAUUCGACUUAUGGGCCGGUGGAUGGGCACCUCGAACUUCUCUGGUGUCAGUUGUGAUGACGUUGCUGUUUAUGCAGACAUCAGCUCUUCUCGAGACAACGAGACUGCCACCAACUGGACUCUUGGUGCAUUUCCCACUUGCAAAGCGCUGCACCAGGAGGAGGUGAUCAAAGGUGAUGCAAAGCAGGUUCUCUUCAAUGAUGGCUCCAAUCAGGAGCUUUGUGGCUUUCAGAGUUCGAAAGUGAUCCAAAGCUUCUUGGGCGGAGGAAAAUAUGAAGCGCUGCUCAAUGCUUGGAAGUCGCAGAUUCAACUGGUGGACAGUGUGGUGCAUUGCUGUUCUAGUGAGCUUUGCCCAGGGCACUUGCCGUGCAACUUGAGUUCCUUGCCCAUCAAGUACACGGGGAAAUUCUGGGCCGCCACAGAAGGUGCCUUCGAUAUUGCGGUCUUUUGGGCCGAGUUCUUCUUGCUUGAGUACUUGAAUGGCAAUCCACAAUAUGCUCAAGGACAACUUGGCGUCUCCGAUUUGGUGGACCUUUAUCGCAUGGCCGUGGAGAACAUUGAGAUCAUGGACGAUCACUUUGCAUCCCGAAGCUUUGAGUCCACCAUGGCGUCGCACAUUCUGGGGACCUUGCUUCAAGCAGCAGAGAGGAAGCCCAUUCCUGGGCUCAGCCAUAGCCAAAACACCAAAGUUGUGUACAUGGCUGGCCACGACACGAAUUUGAUUUUGCUGCGGUUAUUGCUUGGGCUACGGUGGCAAAGCCACGGCUGGGCGCAGAAUGGAGUGGCACCUGGUGGAAUGCUGAUCUUUGAGUUGGAGCAACGGCAAGAGGGUGGCCCGGUUGUCAGCAUCUACUUUCAGGUAGCUCAGCCAGCGCAGCUGCGUGAGGGCCAGCCCUUCAGUGAACCGCAAGCACCAAGCCGUGUGCAGGUCGCCAUCACAGACUGUCCUGGUGAUCCUUUUGCAUGUCCUUUGGAUGCUUUCAAAAAGAUGGUUAUCUCCAAGUUGCGGCCGGAGUGUAUUGGAAUUCCAGCCCUCCGCGAUUUGGUGGAGAACCAUGGAGCUGGCUCCGUUCCGUGGCCUGCUCAAUAUUGGUGGACCUUUCUUCUCACAGGACUUGCUGCCUUUCUGCUUGGAGCGGCGAUCUCAUGGUUCAUAAAGAAGCGAAGGUCCUCAUCACUGUCCUCCGGAUACAGCUCCCAAGAGCUUACAAGCUGAAGACACGGUUGAAGACACGCGACCGUUGGGACGCAGAUUUUCAGUGAACUUGGCAAACGUAGCAAUGUGUUUUGACCAACUCGGGCCGCUUGGGCUUUGGAGUCUAACAAUUCAAGUGUUGCUGUUGGAGUAGAGCUCGCUUGCUUGCAGAGCUUGGUCGGAUCGGCUGACCAUUGAUGCUUUUGCAAUUUGUCUUCCACUAACGUGUGAAGAGUUGCAGCCUUUUGCGAUUGUUUGGAA